AUGGAUAUGCUAAGGAAUCGGCCAGUGAAAGGGUCGCUUGACCAUGAUCCGCAGCUGUCCGCUGAUGGAACCAACACGCCGGCAGCGUCUGAUGGCUCCGACCAGAGGUCAGACGUGAUCGAGAAGACGGCCCAGCUAUCCGAACCGAUUGCGGACAGCAUCCGUCGGUUCUUUGAGAUCCGCAAGCUCGACGGCCCAGAUGGCACAGGCGUGGUCUUUGAAAAUAUCUCCGUUGAGGGGAGUGGAACAGGCGCUCAAGCAGCACCAACGAUCUCGUCGGCUGCCCGAUCUGCUUUCGGGGUCCUGAGCCCCCUGCAGCACCGGCUGGCAGGACAAUUCUCUCGACCGAUCCUUAGCGGAUUCUCCGGAACUAUUGAUGCCGGAGAGAUGCUCCUGGUAAUUGGGAAGCCGGGCAGUGGGUGUACCACGUUCCUGAAGACCCUUUCGUACAUGUGGGAUGAGUACAAGGAUGUUCAUGGAGACCUCACGAUAGGGGGUCAUCCAAUCCAGGAAUCCAUGGUGAAGCGUCCCCAAGAUAUUGUUUUCUGCGCCGAAUCGGAUGAUCAUUUUCCUACCCUGACCGUGGCGGAGACAUUACGCUUUGCGAUCCGCGCCAGAUGCGGCCCCGAGGCGUCGGCAACCGAGGUGGACAUGAUGGUCGCUCAACUGGCAAAGCUGGUGGGCCUCAGCCAGGUCAUGAAUACCAAGGUUGGAGACGCGUAUAUUCGAGGCGUUAGUGGCGGGGAACGACGCCGGGUCUCGUUGGCGGAAGCCCUGGCGACAUGUGCCCGCUUGAUCUGCCUCGACAAUCCAACCCACGGGCUGGAUUCCUCCACGGCAUUGGAAUUCAUCGAGACGAUGCGGGAGUGGACCAGUCAAAGUCGCUGCGUCACGGCGAUGAGUGUCUACCAAGCCAGCGACGCGAUCAUGCCGUACUUUGACAAAGUGCUGGUGAUCAAUUCCGGCCGCCAGGUCUUCUAUGGCAGGAUCGGCGACGCCAAAGCGUAUUUUGAACGUCUCGGCUUCGAAUGCCUGCCAACAACCACCCUCUCCGACUUCUUGAACUCCAUGUCGGCCGAUCCAGAGGUGCGACGGGUGCAGGAUGGCAAACAGCACCUGGUUCCGCGCACUUCAGAGGAAUUUGAAGCCGUGUUUCAUGCGAGUACGUUCUACCAGGACCUGCAGAGGUCGCUGGAGACGGCAAAGGUCGAGGCGAGAACGAAUCCCCGUCCCUUGGUCAAGGCCCGAGCGUUCUCUCUUCCCCUCCACCACCAGAUCUGGUACUGUGCCUAUCGCCAGUUCCGGAUUGUCACCAGCGAUUACAGUCUCUGGGCCGUGGAGCCAGCAACGAUCAUUGUGCAGAGCCUGGUCCUGGGGACGCUGUUUCGCGACCAAAAGCGAGCGACCCAAUCCCUCUUUAUCUUCGCGUCCGCUCUGUUUUACUCGGUUCUGGUCCCAGCGCUGCAGUCCAUGGCCGAGUUUGGAAACGGAUUCGCCCAACGGCCGCUCAUCCUCAAGCAGAAACGGUACCGGAUAUGCCGCCCAAUUGCAUAUGCCUUAGGUCUCGUCACCACCGAUGUCGUAUGGAAGAUCGCGGCCAUCUGCUACAAUAUUCCGCUGUACUUCUUGACCGGAUUCCAACGCACCGCGGGCAAUUUCUUCACAUGGUUCUGCAUUGUCUACCUGGAGCAUCUUGCACUAUCCAUGUUCUUUCGAUCGGUGGCAAUCUUCUCACCCAACAUGCAUCGAGCGGUGCUUCCAGUAGGUAUCUUCUUCAACAUGUACGUGCUGUAUACUGGGUUGUAUAUUCCAGCGCCGCAGAUGCAGGUAUGGCUGGGAUGGUUGCGGUAUCUCAAUCCUUUGUACUAUGCGUUUGAGUCGGUGAUGGUGAACGAAUUCCGGGACCUCAGCUACCAGUGCAGCCCUUCUGACCUCGUGCCAUCUGGGCUUGGAUACACCGACAUGGCGAACCAAGUGUGCGCCGUCCUUGGAUCUCGUUCCGGGGAAGAAUCGCUUUCGGGGAUGUCGUAUCUGGAAGCACAGUACGGCUUUGGGAGAUCCCAUCUCUGGAGAAACGUUGGAAUCAACGCUGCCUUUUUCGUAUUCUUCGCUCUUUGCUCGGGGAUCGGAAUGGAGAGAUUAAAAACGCCAGCAGGCCGACUGGCAACUGUCUUCUAUAAAGGCCGCCCAUCGAUCAGGAACAGUCAGGCUGAUAGUGAGAGCGGAGCUGUCCAUGAUGAUGUGCCUCCGGAUGUGUCGCGACAGCUGAGCGGAGACCAACAUCAUCUGAACGCCAACUCGGAAAGAGACAAGAACCAUACUCUUGCUUGGACCGGUCUCUGCCUCGAUAUUGAAACCAAGGAUGGGACCCGACGUCUGCUCGACAACCUGAAUGGCUGGGUCAAGAGCGGGCAGCUCAAGGCUCUAAUGGGAGUCUCUGGCGCUGGCAAAACAACUCUUCUCAACACUCUCGCCGGUCGUUCUUCGAUCGGAACUCUCACAGGCACGCUAGCGUUGAACGGCCAGCUCCUCCCCAAGUUCUUCCGCAGCAGGAUGGGCUAUGUCCAGCAGCAAGACAUCCACCUCCCGACCCAGAGCGUCCGCGAGGCUUUGCAGAUGACGGCACGACUGAGGCGCGACGAAUCCAUCCCGCUCGAGGAGAAGAACGCCUAUGUCGAGAAAGUCAUCGAGUGGCUGGACAUGGAGGAUAUUGCCGAGGCGCUGGUGGGUGUUCCCGGAGCCGGCCUGAACCUGGAACAGCGGAAGAGGGUGAGUAUCGGGGUGGAAAUGGCCUCGAAGCCGGAGAUUCUGUUCUUAGACGAGCCAACUUCUGGUCUUGAUGGACAGUCUGCCUUUUCGAUUGUUCGUCUGCUCCGUCGAUUGGCCGACUCCGGGCAGGCCAUCGUGUGCACCAUCCACCAACCGGCCGCUGAGCUGGUCGAGCAGUUUGAUGAGUUGUAUCUGCUCAGUCGAGGGGGUAAAUUGGUCUACGACGGGCCGCUGGGGACACAUUGUGACAAGGCAAUUGAGUAUUUUGAACAGCACAGCAGAGCCUGCGGCCAGGGCGAGAAUCCAGCGGAGUAUUUCUUGGAUGCCAUCGGCGCCGGCUCUCGCAAAGAGGUCCAAGCGGAUUGGGUUGGUCUCUGGCAACAAAGCCAGCAAAGUAAGGACAGGGAGAGAGCCGAGAAAGCUCUGGUCCCCGCAGAGGGCCAAGCACCAUUGGCGCCGGCGCGUCGGUCCCUGUAUGCAGUGCCCUUCCAUGUCCAACUCUGGGUAGUAGUCCAGAGAACUUGGCUCUACUACUGGCGCGAGCCGGACUAUGCCAUGUCCAAGCUAUGGAUGAGUGUAGGCAACGCCCUCCUCAACUCCCUCACGUAUCUGCAGUCUCCCAACACGCAGCGAGGGGCUUACAACCGGGUAUUUUCGGCCUUCAUGUCGCUCAUUGUGGGUCCUCCCUUGGGGCUACAGGUUCAGCCCCGAUUCGUGACUCUGCGCGAUAUAUUCGUCCACCGGGAGCGCGAGGGUUUCACAUACCACUGGCUGGCCUUCGUCUUCGCAGGGAUCAUUGUCGAACUCCCCUACACCUUCCUGACCUCGCUGGUGUACUGGCUGCUGUGGUACUUUCCCGUCGGCUAUUUCCGCACAGCGCCACGUGCGGGGUACAGUUUCCUCAUGUAUGAGCUGUUCGCGGUGUUUGCUACGAGCCUGGCCCAGAUGUGCGCCUCGCUCAUGCCCAAUAUUGAGGCCGCCUUUGCUGCCAAUGGCUUCUUCUUCAUGUUCUGCAAUACCUUUGCGGGUACCCUGUCGCCCAAACCGGUGACCCCGUCCGGUUGGCGCUGGUACUACAAGGUGUCUCCCCUGUUCUACCUGGGCGAGGGUGUCACCGUGGACGUGUUGCAGGAUUUGCCCCUGCGUUGCGCUGAGUCGGAAGUAUCGAUCUUCCAGCCGCCAAACGGAACAACAUGUGGCCAGUAUGCGGCAAACUUUCUGCAACAGGCGACGGGCUUCCUGUUGAACACAGACAGCCUGUCCGAUUGCCAGUACUGUCGAUAUCGGGACGGACAAUCCUAUUAUCAGCAAUACGGAUACGACUUCGCCAAUCGGUACCCGAACAUCGGCAUCUUCAUUGGGUUCAUCGCAUUCAACUUCACCAUGGUCCUCGUUAUGACAUAUCUCACGAAGAUCCGUCGUUAA